UUCAGUUUCGAUACUAUACUUACUUUUCAACAACGACUUCUCCUUUACUCAAUUCAAGCAACCAAAGCCAUGGCCAACGACUCCACAUAUACCCUCUACAACUAUGAUCCGUCGGGAGUUGCGGCGAUCAUCUUCGUCGCUCUCUUCGGAUUAACCACUUUAGUACACAUUUUCCAAAUGAUCCGGAGUCGAUCAUGGUUCUUCAUUCCUUUCAUUAUCGGAGGAAUCUUUGAAGCUGUCGGCUAUGCCGGUCGCUAUCUUAAUUCCCGACAAUCACCCGAUUGGACAACUGGCCCGUAUAUCAUGCAAUCACUCUUGCUCCUUGUCGCACCAGCCUUCUUCGCCGCAUCUAUCUACAUGAUACUGGGCCGUUCAAUCACCUCCACCGGCCACGAACAGCUCUCUCUCAUCCGAGUCAAAUGGCUGACCAAAAUCUUUGUCUGCGGCGACGUGGUCUCGUUCCUCGCUCAGUGCGCUGGCGGUGGCUUCCUCUCUUCCGCAAAGAGCCAGUCCAAGAUUACCCUCGGACAAAACAUCAUUAUUGCCGGUCUUUUCAUCCAAAUUGCGUUCUUCGGAUUUUUCAUCGUGACUGCUGGUGUGUUCCAUUACCGGCUCUCGAAGUGCAAUGAUUGCGCUCCCAAGUCUGCUAUCGCAGUGCCCUGGAUGAAGUGCUUGUAUGUCCUGUACACGGCUAGUCUGUUCAUCAUGAUUCGGUCUAUUUUCCGUGCCAUUGAGUAUAUUACCGGUACAAAUGGUCCGCUCAUGUCGACGGAGGUGUAUCUGUAUGUCUUUGAUGCUACUCUGAUGUUCUUGGCUAUGAUCACCUUCAACAUCUUCUCACCGAAGUCAUUGGUGACCCCCCGCUCGGCAACACGUGAUAUUGAGUCUCAGGGGAGUGUCAAGGACCUCGAAAUGAGAAUGGUGCAAAGCCCGCAAGGUAAAAGUGAGUGGCCCAAGAGAACAAUAUGUCUCCUUCACUGUUUAACAUGUUCAAAGUGCGAUGAAACCAGGCCACACUGUAACAACUGCUUCAAACACGGAAUACAAUGUGUCUUCGGCGAGAGUGCCCCCGCAGGCCCCGCUAGGCAAUCAGGGUCACCUCCAACUCUCGGCACUUCCAGUGCCCCAAGUCCCGCCUCCUUGGGGGAGAUCUCCCCAACAAUGGGCAUGGCCGAGAUGGCUCUACUCCACCAUUUCUCUACAUCAACCUGCUAUACUAUUUCACGCAAUCCAAUACUGCAAACAGUAUGGCAAAUCCGGAUCCCACAAGUCAGCUUCUCGUCGCCAUUUGUAUUCCGCGCCAUUAUCGCUCUUUCCGCGCUACAUCUAGCUCAUUUAAAGCCCGAAUUCCACGACUAUUACGUCUCUCAAGCCGAGCUUCACCAUAACACCGCCUUGAAGAUGGUGUCCGCAAUCCUCCCAGAUGUCAACAAGGAUAACUGCCAAGGCAUAUACGUUUUUUCGGUCCUGACCUGCAUCAUCUCCUGUGCUAAGCCGCGCAUCAAGCACGAUUUCUGGGCAAAUCGGGAUCGAGAUAUCGAGUGGUUGAACCUAUUUCGUGGCACAAUACACAUCCUGGCGUCAGCAGAUCGCUCCCUCAAGACGGGACCGCUGGCACCAAUUUUUGCGAUGGGUCACCGUAGGAAGCUGGCUCGGGAUGCGAGGUCUGCCACGGCUACGCCACCGUUUCUUCUCGUUUUGAAACAGCUCUUGCAGGAUACAGUUCUUGAUCCCAGUGAGCUGCAGUGCUACAAUGACUCAAUCGAUGAUAUGGCGAUGUCAUUCGCCACAGUCAGCGAAAUCGGAUCACACAACUGUGAGACUGCUGAUAUAUUUAUUUGGCUGUUGAGAGUUUCGGAUCAGUAUUUUGGGUACUUCCAGCAGCGCACACCUGAAGCGAUGGUAAUUUUUGCAUAUUUCUGUGUUCUUAUGAAAGAGAUGGAAUGGGCUUGGUGGAUGCAGGGGCUCAGUGUCCAUAAUAUUAGUGGUAUAUAUUAUACUCUAGGCGAGGAGCAUCGUUGCUGGUUGCAGUGGCCUAUGCAACAGGUGGGAUGGGUCCCAUGA